UCCGGUCCUGCAGGCGGCGCUGUGAGCUCCUCGCUGUGGUCGCGCUCAGACCGGUGAGAGUGUGUUAGCUUUAGCGCCGCUAACGUGACAGAGGAACUUUCAACAGGCUGUCGCUCGUUUCUCCGCUAUUCAACUCAUAACCCCGUCGGCAGAGUUCGCUGCGGCGCAGCAGUGAAUCUCUGGGACCGUCAGCAUGUUUAACCCUCACCAGCAGCAGCAGCAGUUUCAUCAGCAUCUGCGGCAGCUUCAACAGCUGUUCCAGCAGCAGACGCCGCCUCCGCCUCCUCCACCUCCUCCUCCGCCCCAGCCUCCGCCCGCUCAUCACAUCACACACGCACGGCCGAUGGCGGCUCCCGCUCCUCCGUCUCGAAUGGUGAAUCUGUGCUCGGCCACGCAGACCAUCAUCGCUCCUAACCCCAUGCUGCAGGGGGCGCUGCUCAUGCAGCAGAUGCAGGCGGGCGGCAUGCGAGGGUUUGCGAUGGGAGGCCAGCAGUUCCCUCAGUUCUUCGCUGCGGGGUCCAGAGCGUCUCUUCUGGGGCCCGUCCCGAUGGGAGUCGCCAUCAAAACACCGCACAUGGGAUUCCCACGCCACUUCACGCCACACACACGCUACUUCACCAACGAGUUUCAGGCUCGUCAGCCGGACAGAAAGAGGGAAAACGAGCAGAAGUCAGCAGGCAGCAGCGACAGCCAAUCGGAAGCCAGCAGCAGCAGAGCUGAAGAGGCGUCCGCUCCGGCCGAUCCGGGAUGUCAGGGGUCUUCAGAGCAGCCCGACGAACCCGCCGCCAAGAAACACAAAACACAGGAGUCAGAGGAUCCUGUGGAGACGGAAUCAGCUCAGAGCACUGAAUACAAGAGCCCUGACCCCGCAGAGCUGAGUCUGCAGGACGGAGGUGGAGUGGACGGAGCGCUGGCCGCCGAAGCAGAUGAGCCGAGUCAAGCGGCCGAGCAGGUUGAAAGCACCGAAGCUCUGGAGAAAGACGUGGAGCAACAGAUGAGCGAGGGUCCAGACGACACCACGGGCUCCGACUCGCUCUCAGAGGUCAAGGAGAGUGCAGAUGCUCCUGAAGAGGUCAAAGACGGCGCUGCAGAGACCUCCAGCAAGUUCUUCUGCUAUAUUUGCAACAUCACUUGCCAUAACCAGCAAAAUUUCCAGAGCCAUAUGAACGGGCUGACGCACCAGCAGAAGAUGAUGGAGAUCCAGCACAUGAGCAACGCUUGUCUCGUCACGCUGCUGCCCCGCGUCCAGGAGUCCCUGCAAGGAGCUCGCCGAGACGGUGAGAAGAGGCCGGGUCUGCAGAGAUGGUGCUCCACCUGUCAGACUCACUUCACCACCAACGUCAUGGAACACCGCAGAACCAAGGAGCACAAGCGCUGUAGCCGUCCGUCCUCGUCCUGCACGGUGUGUAAGCUGCUCUUCAGGACACACAGAGAGUUUGUGGAGCACAUGCAGUCGUCGGAGCACAAGCAGCGAGUCCAGCAGCUGUGGAAGGACUCGGAUCACAUCAACACCGACAUGUUCCUGGGAGAAGAGGACGGAGAGGGCAGCGACGACGAGAGGGAGGAAGAGGAGAACGGGAAGGAGGGCUUGGCCGCUCAGAUGGAGGUGACUCUGGAGGAUCUGACUGAAGACGAGGAGUUUGACUCAGACACAGUGUAUGGCUCCAGUUUCGUGGUGCCCGUGGCUGGUUUUCUCUGUCGUCUCUGUAAUCAGUUCUAUCACUUCGAGUCUUCGGCUCGACACACACACUGCAAGACGCUCAAACACUUCCAGAGUCUCAAGCGUUAUAAAGCCUUAAAGAAGCACGAAGACUCCGGCUCGACCUCAGCAGAACCAGCAGACCCCAUCAGUCCAGAUCAGACCGCUCUCCCGCCAGAACCAGCCCCGCAGACCUGUACCUCACCUCCCGGCAGCCCGCAGGAAGUCCAGCCACCAGCACAGGAAGAAGCCGUUGCCGUGGAGCCGGGGCCCGGGCAGGAGCGCCCGGGGCGGGGCAGGACUCCUGCUAAGAGACGAGGACGAGGAGCGAGACGCCGCUGAGACGCGCAGAGGACCUGAGUGAAAGCACUCGUGCCACAGAUCCAGCCUCUCACCUGUUUGUAGAGUCCUGAGCACGCGGCAUGGGAUACGCCGCAGGAGAGCGUGACCCUGAACGGGUCGCUUCCAUCCAAACAUGUUCAGCUCAGAGUUCAGCCCAAAACCAGCAGGAUGUGUGUCCUUCAGACUCAGACUCUCAUAGCCUCUUUCACCUAAUAUAUACUGUGUGUGUAUAUAUAUAUAUAUCAGAUUAAUGUGAGGUUUAGUUUACA